AUGGCGUCGAUGAAAACGAUGAAGCAGCCCUUGGUGAAACCUUCAAAGAUCAGAUAUUUCAAAGGCAAAGCUCCGGACGCCGCUCUCUCCGGAUCAGAUUCAGACGAGGAUGAAGAAGAUCAAGUCUCUCGACCGGCUCCUCAGCCAAUCAAGAUUGAUAAGAAUGUCGUCGCUGGGGGCGCUGGACGUAUAGUCCCGGAUGGAAAUGUGGUCAAAAUGAAGGUCGCCUUGAGGGAUGUCAAAGUGGAAGGUGGUAGAGUGGUCUUGCCAAAGGCUGCAAAGCAAGAGGAGAGUAGCGAGGAGGAGACUGAUUCUGAAGAGGAGGAAGAGGAGGAGGUCAAGCCUCAGUUCUCCGCUCCUCGACCAAAGAUCCCGAUCAAGGAAGAGUCUAGCGAAUACGAGACUGAUUCGGAAGAGGAAUCAGAGGAGGAGAAAAAGCCAGCAUUCCGACCGGUCUUUAUCAAGAAGGACGCUCGAGGCAUGACACAGGAGAAAGCAGCUGCUGAGGCAGAGGAGAAACUUCGGAUGGAAGAGGAAUUACAACUGCAGAGAAAACUCGAUAGCAAGGAGCUAGCAGGAGAGACGAUCAGAAGAGAGCUGGCAGAGCGCGAGGCGGUCGAUCUUCAGCCCACAGUGGAUGAUACAGAUGGAUUGGACGACGCUGCUGAAUUCGACGCUUGGCGAGCUCGUGAGCUCGGCCGACUGUUACGCGACAAAAAAGCCCAAGCGGCAAGGGACGAAGAGAGGGAAGAGAUCGAAAGGAGACGAGCACUUCCAGAGGAACAGCGACUACGAGAAGACAUGGAGUAUGCCGAAUCAACGAGAGCAAAGGAGAAGGGCCAAAUGGGAUUCCUGCAAAAAUACUAUCACAAGGGUGCCUUCCACCAGGACGAGGAACUGCUCAAUCGAGAUUACACUGCCGCUACAGAAGGUGCAAUCGACAUGUCUAUACUGCCUCAGGUCAUGCAGGUCCGAGAUUUUGGAAAGCGAUCUCGAAGCAAAUAUACCCAUCUCACAGAUCAGGACACCAGUCAAGGAGGAUGGGGAACUGGGGCUCAACGUUUUGGCAUGCCGUCCCAGCCCCAGGGCGGUCCUGGUCAGCCGCAACAGGGUUGUUGGAAUUGUGGUGGACCGCAUAUGCGAGCUGAUUGUCCGAAUGCGGAUAUCAACAAUCCCAAUGCCUUCGGAGGCCAGGCUGGUGGAUUCAAUGCGAACACCUCCAGUCUUGGUGGUGGAAGCGGUCGAGGUUGGGUAGGAGAUCAAGGUGGCAAGGUUCACAGAGAGCAAGGAAAGGAGAGGAAGUAUGACGAAGAGCGUCGAGGCUACGGUCGGGAAAGGAACGAUGAACGGCCAAGGGACAGAGGGUACGACAGGGACAGGAGCGACCGACAUCGUGAUGAUGGCUGGAGGCGAGAGAGUGACAAAGACGAUCAACGAGAAAGGGACAGGAGGGAACGCAGUAGGAGUAAGGAUAGGGACAGGAGAAGGGGUGAGCGGGAUGGGCGAGAUGACGACAGAGAGAGAAGGAGGGAGUAUGAGGAUAGGAAACGACGACGCGAUGAGGAUGACAGGGAUAGAUCCAGGCGUCGAUAUGACUAG